AUGAAGAGAACACAUCCACGCCAAGAAAAGGGACCAACCUUUGAGGAACUCUCCGAUGAUGAAAACCACCAUGAAGAGCAUUCCAGUAGUAGUGGUGCCGGUUCAGUAAGAUAUGAAGAUCCAGAUGAUGAUGCGGUGAAUACCCACCACCGUCGCCACCACAGAUCUUCCUCUCAACCCAGACAGAGAGAGUCCACCAACGCUCAGAGAAGUGAUCGUGCAAGGGAUCCGUUUGCAAUCAGAAGUUUUUUCGACAAUGAUCCCUUCUUUUCGAAUCCAUUUGGACAUUUCUCAUCCAUGAUGCAACGUGCAGACGAGAUGUUUAGGAAUUUUGAUCAACAUUUCGAGAGGCAGAUGGCCAUGGGUGAUAAUGUCGUUUGUUAUUCAUCAACUACAACAACGACAUCGAGUGAUGGUGUGACAAAGACAAAGCGUACAGUGAAAGACUCUAGAACAGGUACAGAAAAAGUUUCUGUUAUUAAGGCAGUCGGAGACAAGAGAAGCGUCAUGGAGAAGAUAAAAGACAAAGAGGGACGAGAGGAAAUUACAAAGAGGUUGGAGAAUGUUACGGAGGAAGAAGAUUUUGAAAAGGAGUGGAAGGAGCGUUCCAAAUCAUUGCCCAAGUUCCGUAAAGGUUCAGCAGGUAUUGGUGGAUACCUUGGAUAUUCACGUGGUAACGAUUCCAAAUCUUCCGGCAAUAAGGCUUUGGGCUAUGAGAAGAAAUACUAA